UCCGGGGCGGCUGAGCGGAAAACACUGCCGUCAUGCCAGGUCCUGGUAGCCAGCCCAGCCGCCCAGGCCCGCCCGGACGGUGAUUUAGUGUCCCAGUUGUUUACUGGGGAGCUCCGGCGCCCGCGGCGCUCCUCCCGCGCCCCACCCUUCCUCCGCCGCCUGUGCGCGCGGGGAUCCGCGUGCUCCGAGCGCGGCCGCCGCCAUGGGGAAUGGGAUGAACAAGAUUCUGUCUGGCCUGUACAUCGGCAACUUCAAAGAUGCCAGAGACAUGGAACAAUUGAGCAAGAACAAAGUGACACACAUUCUCUCUGUUCAUGAUAGUGCCAGGCCCAUGUUGGAGGGAGUCAAAUAUCUGUGCAUUCCAGCAGCAGACUCACCAUCUCAAAAUCUGACAAGACAUUUCAAAGAAAGUAUUAAAUUUAUUCAUGAAUGCCGGCUCCAAGGUGAGGGCUGUCUUGUGCACUGCCUGGCUGGAGUCUCCAGGAGUGUGACACUGGUGGUUGCAUAUAUCAUGGUCGUCACUGACUUUGGCUGGGAGGAUGCCCUACAUACUGUGCGUGCGGGGAGGUCCUGUGCCAAUCCCAACCUGGGCUUCCAGAGGCAGCUCGAGGAGUUUGAGAAGUAUGAAGUGCAGCAGUAUCGGCAGUGGCUGAAAGAAGAAUAUGGGGAGAGCCCUUUGCGGGAUGCAGAAGAAGCCAAAAAUAUUCUGGGUAAAUAUAAAGAACAAGGGCAUAUGGAAUCCCAGCCUGGUGCCAGGAGGUGGAGCAGCUUUUCCACCCUGCCUCCUGUGACCUACAAUAACUACACAACAGAGACCUAACACAGAGGAAUCUAGUGCCUGCCUUCCUGCCUACUGCUGGUCUUCCGUGCUACCUAAGAGCCAUGUGCUGGUGUGCUGGUGUGCUGGCUUCUGCCUCCAAGGACGGCAAAGGGAGAUGGAAUGCUCAGGGCUCCUUUCCCGUGACCUGACUCAACCCUCCAUCAGACCCCUUCACUCUGUCCACCUUUACCCUGAUGGCUUCACCUGAGCUUGCUACACCUGGGAUGUUACUGGGAUGCUGUACACCACCACGCAUGUGUGCACGCGUGUGUUUGUGUGUGUGUGUGUGAGAGAGAGAGAGAGUGCAUUUGCAUAUGUUUACAUGCAUAUGCAUGUAUGAGCAACUAUGAAAGUAGACCCAUGGCUACAU